UACCAUUUUAAACUCAAUUCUCUGUCACGAUGAUGGAACCUGACAUCGAAGCAAAGUAUGUCCACAAUGGCAAGGUCAUGGUGGGCACUGCCAUCCUUCUCAUCAUUAUCAUACUCAUCAUCAUUUUCUUUCACACCUACGUCCACCUCUGUCGCCGCCACCAUCUCUUCUCUCAACCACUUACCACUAAUUCCCCUUCCACCACCACUUUAAAUGAAGAAAGCCUCGACCCUUCUGUUCUGAAAUCUCUUCCUACCUUCACUUACUCCUCCGCCACCCACCGCCCUCUGCACGACUGCGCCGUCUGCUUGUCGGAAUUCGCUGACUGCGAUAAAGGCCGUGUGCUUCCAAACUGUAACCACGCUUUCCACUCUCAUUGUAUUGACACAUGGUUCUGCUCUCACUCCAACUGUCCUCUCUGCCGAGCUCCGGUCGAACCGGAUACAGUGGCCGUUGAUGUUGAACCGUGCUCUGUUUCGGUUUCAGAAGCGGGUGAGGGUUGCUCGUCUUUUCCUGCUCCAAUUGGGUGUCCGAGAAAGCCAUUAGGUAUAAUAGUUGAGAUGCCCGAGGAGGAAAGAGGGUCGGAUCCUGUAGCGGGAGAUCACGGGUUCAAAUGGCCAUUGAAAAGGUUUUGCAGUGUAUAGGCGAGAAGAUCGUAGAGGAAGAUAGCGUUGGUGAGCAGAGAAAAGAGACGCUCGCAGAGCGAUGAACUAGACGGUACAG